AUGGCGGAGAUCAGCAGCAGCAGCAGCAGCCCCAGGGACGUGGGCACCACCGUGCGCAAGGUGGCGGAGGACUUCCUAAAGCUCAAGACGGCGUAUGAGCGGAAGGACAACGACGCGUGCCUUGAUGUACUGGAGGACAUCAAAAAGAAACUGAUUCUGCUGCCGACCUUUCUCAAUCCGGCGGCUCAGAGCCCGACGCGGCUGCAGGAGUUGACACUCACCCGCGAGGUGCUUGAGCACGCCGUUCUUGUGAGUGCACACCUCAAGGACCUCGACAACUUCGAGCUUUACUUCAACCAACUGAAUGUGUACUACACGGACAUUGACAGCAGCGAGCUGCCGGAGUCGCCUCUGUACAUGCUGGUGCUCGGGCUCAACCUGGUGCGUCUGUUAGUGCGCAGCCGUAUUGCGCAGUUCCACUCGCAGCUGGAGAAGAUACCGAACGACAUCCACGGCAAAAACCCGUGCAUCCGUUUCGCGGUUCUUCUUGAGCGGUACCUGAUGGAGGGCAGCUACAACAAGUUGCUCAACUCGCGCCACCAGGCACCGUCAAACGAGUACAUUCCUGUUGUGGAGAUGUUAGAAACCACAGUACGGCAGGAGGUGGCCGAGUGCAUACCCCGUGCGUACGCCCGUAUCGCCAUUGGCAAGGCGCAAAAGAUACUGAUGGUUGAAUCAGUCGAGGAGGUGAAGCAGCUUGGAAGGCAAUACAAGUGGCAGCUGAGUUCUGACGGUAGUUGCUUUCUCUUCACACGCGAGGAAGAUGUAGCAAGGAAGGAGGUCCCAUUCCAGGAUAUGCUUAAGAACCACCUGCAAUUCGCGGCAGAGCUGCAGCGCAUCGUGUAG